CCCACAUUUCAGAUGCGUCGCGUUUUGUCUCGAGGGAGGAAAGUGCUCCUGCCUCACAGCAGCUCACAAGAGAUCGCAUCGCGCCUUUGCGUUUCCAUCCGCAAACACGAUCCGCCCCAACCCCCCGCUUUCGCGCCCACCCUGACUCGAUUACAAUCCAAUUAUUCGGCCGAAUUGCUGCAACUGUCAAUUGCUGACACAUCAAGUUUGCACCACCGCUGCUCGAUACUUUUUGCGCGCCCACAACCCCCAUUUCGACUCGGCGCGCAAGUGGCCGACCGAUAUGAAAUAGCGCGACGGCGCCAACGUUGUUUUCGAUUCAAUCAUGGCGGUACGAUCUGAAUCGCAGCAGGCGAUCUUCUCGUCCUACGCGCCGCGAUUGCGCACCUACAACAAUGCCCUCCUACAGCCUGUCCUCCCCGGCGCCGCCCCCGCGAACCCCCUCUCUCGCACCACCAAGCGGGGGACGACCAUCAUAAAUUAUGCCGAAGACGGGUACGACGACUACGAUGAUGAUGACGACGACAGUAGGCGGCGUCCUACGGGAUUGCGCAGCCUGCGCCGCGACGACAGCACAGCCAAGAUCGACCCCAGCGAGAAGGUCGGCAAGGACACCACGGAACCCGUCGAGUUGCAGGGGAUCUACCGCGACUGGAUGGGAAAGGUGCGCCCAAACAGGUCCGAUGCCCAAAACUACGUCCAGGCUUGCCUGCCGCUCACCCUGAUCCCGAUCCGGAUCGACCUCGACAUUCCCGCCUUCACGCCACAGCCCGCCCUCCCCACACCCGGGCCAGUGGAUCCAACCCAUCCGUUCUACAAGCCACAGGAAACGACAGUACCAUAUCGGCUACGGGAUACCUUCCUGUGGAACCUACACGAGAGCCUUAUCACCACGGACAUGUUUGCGACGCAACUCGUCCAGGACCUCGACCUGCCCAACCGCACGGCCACCAUCAACGAGAUUAGCAAACAAAUACGCACCCAACUAGAAGAGUAUGCCGGUGUCGCGCUCCACCCCCUCUUUCACUCCCACACUACCCGCACGAAUGCGCCCGAACCUCCGAAAGCACCCAGCCGGCUCGAUUCCUCUACGCCAGCGCCCAACCCGGCCCUCAGCCGCGCCGACACCCCGAUGGGCAGCAACCUCGGCUUUGCCUCGACGCCGUCCAGACUUGGAGGCAGGCCAACCACACCGGCCGUCAUCCAAACCGCCCAGGGCGAAGUGACAGCCGCGGCAACCCCCAUCCCCCCGGACACGACCGAGGACGACGGCAGCCCCGACGACACGUACCGCUGCAUCAUCAGCCUUAACAUCAACCUCUCGUCGCAGGUCUACACGGACAAGUUCGAGUGGUCGCUCCUGCACCCGCCGGGCACGGCCGAGAUCUUCGCCAAGCAGACGUGCGCCGACCUGGGCCUGCACGGGGAGUGGAUCCCCGCCAUGACGCACGCCAUCUACGAGGCCGUGCUCAAGCUCAAGAAGGAAGCCUGCGAGUCGGGCGGGCUGGUCGCCGGGUGGGGCGCGUCGGCCGCCGCCGCCGCGACCGCCGCCGCGGGCGGCACCCUGCCGGCCGGGUCGGGCGCCAACGAGUUCCCCAACGACGCGGCGGCGACGGCGGGCGGCGAGGGCGCCGGCUGGCGCUACGACCCGGAGCACCUCGCCGACGAGUGGGAGCCCAAGCUGGAGGUGCUGAGCAAGGAGGAGAUCGAGAAGCGCGAGGGCGACCGCGAGCGCCAGAUCCGCCGCCUCCGCCGGGAGACGGCCCGCUUCAGCAGCAACACGGGCAUGGCCGGCGGCAUGCCCGCCGGCUUCGCCUUCUCGGGCCUCAUCGAGCAGGAGGAGGAGCGCAUGGGCCGCGGCGAGCGCAGCAAGAAGAAGAAGAAGCGGUUCAGGAGCCUCUCGCCGCCGCCGCCGGCCGCGGGGAGGUCGGGCACGCCGGGGGGACGCGGAACCCCCGCCGCCGGGGAGGGUUAUGGCGGUGGUGGCACGCUGACCGAGACGGAGAGGCUGAGCUGGCGGUGCGCUCAUUGUCGGGUGUGGGGUACCGGUGUGUGGGCGGUGAGGGACGGGCCGUUUGGGCCGAGAUCCCUCUGCAACAACUGCGGCUUCAUGUACGAGCGCGACCGCAAGCUACCCCGUUGGACCAAGAUGCUCCACGCCAGCGAUGCCCGGCCGUUCUAGGGGGAUGGCAAGGGCUCCCGGCAGGACUCGACGGAUGACGGGGUGGCGGGCGCGGGCACGGGCACGACCACGCCCCGCAAGUCUCGCCGGUCGGUGCGCGAGCCGUCAUUUAAGCGGUGAUGGUGGGGCGUGUUUUGUUUAGCGGAGUGGUUAUAUUGAGGACGGGACAGGACAGGACAGGACGGGACUUGUCGGCGUGGGAAAAGGGAAUGGGUGCGAGAAGGGGUCCUCUUGUUAUUGUCCGUGUUAGGGUCUCAGCAAGUGUUCCCGCAUCGUGUAAUUCUAUGUGAGCACAGUACGUUCUUGUUGGCGGUAACGGGGUGUUGGUUGUGCAUUUCCCUGUUGCAGAAGCAGUUGAUGGUUGAUGGGCUGUAUAUGAACUGUAGUCGCAAGAAUAACGGCCCUUUUUUCUCAGCACGUUUUC